CUGACUUUUACAGCUGUGAAGAAUUCGUCUAAAAGAAUUAUUUAAAAAAAUGCCGGGUAAAAGGAGACCGUGGCGAAAGGAAUUAAAAAAACAACAACGAAAACGCAAAAGACAAAAUGUUGCCAUCACACGCGAUCGACUGUUGGAAGAAGAAGAAGCAAGGAAACUCAAAGAUUGUGCCUAUCAACAGUUUUUAAAACAGCAAGAGCUGCUUGAAGCGCAGAAAUUACGUGAAAUUGAAAGAUUGCAUGACGCAGAAGAAGAAGCUUGGCUUAGGCGUGAUCUAUUAGCUCAUCGUCAGUUCCGAAUACAACAACAGCAACGUGCCGCAGCGGAAGUUGCUAUACGCGUAAAGCAAGAAAAGGAGUUGAUAGCGAAGUUAGCAGAGGAGCAACAGCGACAUGUUGAACGUGAAAAGCGUGAAGCGGCCGCUACUGUUGAAUUUGAAGAAAUAAUGAAGUGUAUGGAAAGAUUUCUCAAUAAUGGGGGUGAGCCGCCGCCCGAACUACGUCGUGUGGUAGAAUCACGACCCGGACAGAAGUUAUGUGCCUUAUAUGAACGAACAAAUUGCUGCCGUUAUGGACCGUCUUGCAUUAACAAUCAUCGUCGACCAUUACUCUCCAAUAUCAUUGUGGUGCGUCACUUCUUUAUGCAUCCCCUGUUGGAAGAGGAAAACGAACACCCGGAAUAUGCAAAUGCUGAUGGCAACCUAGAGUUAAGUGAACAGGAUUUAUCUGAAGCUUACAAUGAAUUCUUUGAAGAUGUUGUGCCGGAAUUCGAAGUGUUCGGCUAUAUACAGAAUUUUAGGGCAAUACGAAAUACAUUGCGGCACUUGCGAGGACAUGUAUUUGUCGAGUAUAUGGAGGAAAGAUCUGCUCUAAAGACUUUUAUAAAGCUACAAGGACGUUAUUAUGCUGGAAAACAACUAAAUGUUGAAUUUGCAAACAUACAGACGUGGCGUAGUGCAAUUUGUGGUUUAUCACAUUCGCGUAAAUGCCUCAACGGCAACAAAUGUCAUUAUUUACAUUUGUUUAAUAAUCCAGACAAUAAGUACAAUACACCAAUGGUUAUUAAUAGAACACCCAGUAUUAAAGCAUAUAUGGCCACGCCGUUGCUAAGCUGGAAUGCGGUGACAGCAAGCGAUGUGAAGCAAAGCUCGCGCAAUUGGCGUUGGUCUGAGAGCCCUGAAGUGGAGAUUUCAGCAGCGAGAGAUGCGUUGGAGACUAAUAAGACCAAAACUAGCAACACAAAACGCAGUAGUGAAGUUGAAGAUAUCGAUCACAUGAACGUUGAGCAAACUAGUGUCAAGAGUCAUAGUGAUAAUAACAAAAAGCAUAAACGACAAAAACAUAAACAUGAACGCGAUAAAGCGCAUAAGAAGCAUAAAAGGAGGCGUGCGGACAGUUCCGACAGCGUUAAUAGUGAAGAUGAACGUCGUGAUAAACGCCAGAGUAAGCAACGAGCAACUUAUAACGAUGACAGCAAUAAGCAUAGACGAUCCACUGUAGAGGCUCAUAAAAAAAUAUUAAACAGAGAUAAAAGCCGAAGCCGCUCAAAAUACAAGAGAUAAAAGUAGUUUAAAAAAAGGGAAUAAGAGAAAAACAAUAUCGACAAUUUCGUGAGCUUGAUAGCUCAGCACCGUAAUAUUUAUUAUUUAGUUGAUAACUGAUGACACCAGUACACGUAAAUACAAAAGCGUAUGCAGCAAAAGUUAAAAGUUGCUUCCGCUUUGGUAAACGUUUGGACUUAAUUAUAAGCACUGAAUGACAGUAACUUGGCUUCCAACUAGAUGCUUUGUCCUGGCUGCAUUGUAGUUGUAAGGUAUGAUAAUAUAAUAUAUUGUACUGAAAUAAAAUUCUAGAAAUUUUCAAAAUUGAGUUGUAAAAAAAUUG